CCAAUUGAUUGAUGAGCUCUAUUGAUUGCGGCACAAGGGGAGGGAGCACGCGACUACAAAAGAGAAGUUGGUGACAUUUGUAUCUACAUAGGCGGCGAAGCACGCAAAACCACCUAAAAAAUCAAGACUCCUACAGGAGGAGCCAUGUCUACUAUUAGAUUCGGGAGUAGUGUCGGGCUGUCUGGCGUCAACUCUGAAGAUCCAGAGCACAGCUGGAAGGAAGAGCCAGGAAAUGAAGUCCUGGAUGAUGCCAGUGACCCCAACAGGCUUGUGCAGUGCCCAUAUGACAGAAAUCACCAGAUCAGGGCCUCUCGUUUCCCUUUUCAUGUUCUCAAGUGCAGGAAGAACCACCCCAGAUUGGCCAGUGAAAUGAAGACCUGCCCCUUCAAUGCCAGGCACUUGAUUCCAAAGCACGAGUUUUCACAUCACGUAGCAAACUGUGAGGACAAGAGGUCACUGACUGCUGAAGAAGGGAAUAUAGAGGUGCUUAAGAAGUUCCAGGUGCCUGUUAAUACCUGGACAAACCCUUCACCCAAUGAGGACUGGGAAACAGAGGCUGAUGAUGAUGCUGCCACCUUUGUUUGGGGUGAAGCCAACAAUCAGCUUGCCCAAAACAAGCCAGAGCCAUCUACCACUAUCAGUUUAUCGGAUGGAUUGCGGGCACCUCGAACUCUUCCAUGGAAACUCUAAGCACUCUAACAAGGAUGCAUCACCACUGGACAAACGCCACAGGACAAUCUCUUACGUUUUUUAUUUUUAUAUUGAGCCCUGUGUGACUUCUAGCCUAACUAGUUUAAAAUGUACCCCUCUUUUAAAGUUUUUUAAUUUUGCAGUGCCUUAACCUUUUGAAUGUAUUACUAUUUUGCUUGUCUGUUUUCUAAAGCUUCUUUUAAUGCGUAACCUGUAAACGGAUCUGUUCCAUGUGCAGAGGUGCUGCUUAUUAAAUCCAGUAAUUAGUUACUUCAUCUGUAUUAAGAACCAUCAGUAUUAUGCUUUCUGGACUGCAUGCUUAAACUAUUGCAAUUCUUGGAAACGAUGACAUUAAUCCUACUCUGUACUGAUUCAAUAAAGUAUUCUUCGCAUGA